AUGCCGUCCAUGCCCCGGCUCGGCAUGUUCUGGGCGGCAGCGAUCGGAGUGGGGGUCGUCACCUGCGCCGUCGUCUUCGUCCGUCAAAAGAGCCCGACGUUUUUCGUCAACCUGACGGCGGACGGCACGCCAGGGAGGGUUUUCAGUCGCGGCCCGUUCCGAGUGGUGGAGGACAGCGUGCGACCUCGGGACUGCUCUUUCGCCCAGGAGCCACUACCCAAGCCUGUCCGUGUCUGGCUCCCAGUCCUAGAUCUUCCCAGCAAGGAGUUAUCUGAUUCUUCCCUAGCUGCCACUGUUGCUGUUUCUGCUGCUGACGCUGAAGCUGAAGCAGCUCCCGGCGAUUCACCUAAUGAGAAGCUCGAAAACACCUGGCAGCAACAGAGGAGCACCUGGCAGGUGCCAGUGGUGGUGUUUCAGCACGGGUUCGCAUCUCAGAACUAUUUUUACUCCGACCUGCUCUCGAGAAUAGCCUCGCAUGGCUACAUUGUGGUGGCACCACAGAUGUACUCAAUAUUAGCUGGAUUCGACACAAUGCCAGAGAUGCGGGAUGCUGUGAAAGUCAUCAACUGGUUACACGCCAAUCUGCACACUCUAAUCGAUGCACGAGUUAAGCCUGCUGCCUUGGCUGCUAUACGGGCAGCUGGAAAGGAAGCAGGCAGAGAACAGGCAGCAGGAGAAGAGACAGUGGUGGUGUCGCAGCCUGAUUGGUCAAGGCUAGUGCUAGCAGGCCAUAGCCGGGGAGGGAAGGUGACGUUUGGAAUUUUGCGAAAGCUGGUGGGGGAGUUAGUUAAGUCUACAAAGCAGCAGCAGUCUACAACGCAGCAGCGUGGGUUCAUAGAGGCACAGUUAGCGGUGCCUAUUAAAGCCGCAAUACUCUUUGACCCUGUGGAUGGAACUGCUUCUAAAGCCACCAAUCCCCCCACACUCACUCAUCAACCGGACUCUAUCUCUCUGCUCAACAACCCUCCUGUACUCGUUAUAGGCUCAGGCCUGGGUCCCAUUCCCAGAGGCGGCAAAUCCCCUUCCGAUCAAGGUAACCCAUGCGCGCCAGAGAAUUUCGGGCACAAGGUUUUUUUCUCGGACCUGGUCGGCCCAGCGUACCAUUUUUCGGUGCCCGAAUUCGGCCACGCUGACUUUUACGAUGAUGAUUUGGGGCCGAUUUACGGACCGUUGUUUAGCAAAGUGUGCAAUAACGGGCCUGCUAGGGAGCCGAUGCGGGUAGCGGCUGGAGGGCUAUCAGUGGCGUUUUUAAAGGCUGUGGUUGGGGAUGGUGGGGAUGGUGAGAAGGGAGGGACUGUAAGGGGAGUGAGGGGCGAGAGGAGUGGGAUGGAGGUGGAGAGAAGGGAUAGUGGCGGUGUGGGAGGGGGAACAAAGAGCUUAGAGAAGAGGCAGGCUUUGGAGAGAUUAGUGACUGAUGCUGCAGCUGAUGUGGCUGACGUGGCAACUGCCGUUAAUGUUGCAGCUGACGUGGCAACUGCUGGUGCCGCACACAGUGAUCAGGAGCAAGGCACGGAGCAGAUGCAUCAGCAGGAGCAGCAGGAGGAGGUGGAGAAGGAGAGGCAAAGGCUUGAGGGGGAGUACCUGAGGAGUGGGGGUAGUGGAGGGGCGUGUGGGGGUGAUACGGAAGGAAGCAUUGCGGGUGGCUCAGCUGUGGGAAACAGGGAGGGAGGCUGUGGUGCUGUGAUUGGUUCAGGGAAGGGGAGUGAUGUGAGGGAUCUUUGUGAUCUAUUGCAACACCCUGAGCAUUCUCCUGUGGUUUUGUCAGAGGUGGGGUGGAAAGUGGGGCGGCAGCAGGAAACACCUGAAGAAACACCUGUAGGAGCACCUGCCAAUUUAUGUGGAGCAGCACCAGCUACAGUUGCAGCUGCUGCUGCCCGCUAG